GUGUUGUUUUGCGGUGUAGACAAUAUAGGGCUUAAUGAGACUCGGAAAUAUGCAAUAAGAUAUGCAAUGCUCAGGGCAGCUAGACCCUCGGUUGUGGAUAAAUCUUUCACCAAUCAGAUUACAUUGGCCGUGGCAAGGCUAUUGGGGUUCCCCGAGGCUGAGGCUGAAUCGUGCGGAGCCUUGAAUUAGGUAUUAGUCGGCUACGGAGGACACAUAGCUGCUCUCCUCCUGAUAUCUAUCUCUUAUUCCUUAACGAACACACAGAUUUAAGUUCGAUUGAAGCUAGUGUAACUCACCAAAGGGAAUCUGGUACCAAAAUCUCCGUCUCGAUCAGCACGAUCAACACUCAAUAUAUUGACCGCUCUGUCAGACCUUCGCACGAUGCCGCAGAGAGGAUCAGACACCGAGCAAUACCCAGAACAUGUUUUCAACAAAAUUAAAAGAACAAAGAUCCAUACCGAUGACAACAGUUCUAGGCCCAAAUGGAGUCAUCAUAGCUACACCGUCGGUUGGAUUUGUGCUGUCGAGCCCGAACACGUCGCCGCGACAGUCUUUCUCGACGAAGAGCACGAAAGCCUGGAUGGUCUGUCUAGCAAUGAUAACAAUACCUACAAAUUAGGGGAGAUUGGAGGGCAUAAUGUUGUCAUUGCAGUCAUGCCGAAUGCAUAUGGCACCACAUCUGCAUCAUUGGUUGCAAGGGACAUGCUGCACAGCUUUCCGAACAUUCGAACGUGUCUCAUGGUUGGCAUCGGCGGCGGGGCACCAAGUUCCAAGCAUGAUAUCCGGUUGGGGGAUGUCGUUGUGAGUAGUGCUCACGAUGGAAAUGGUGGUGUGUGGCAGUAUGACUUUGGGAAGAGAAUCCAAGGUCAAAGCUUUCAAACAACAGGAUUCUUGAAUCAGCCACCGUUAUUUUUGCAGACAGCGGUGAAAGCAUUGAAAACCGAAUAUAGGCUUCGCGGUCACUGUCUUCAGGAAACCAUUAGCGAUGUCUUGGAGAAGAAUAGUCGAAUAGCGAAAGACUAUCAGCAGCCGAACUCGAACACUGAUAGGCUUUACAAAGCCCAUGUUAUCCACCCAACUGGGGAGGAAAGCUGUGCUGCAGUUUGUGGCGAUGAGCCGUCUAAUAUCAUCAAGCGGCCGGAACGCGAGGAAAAUCCAGCAAUUCAUUAUGGUCUCAUUGCUUCCGCAAAUCAGGUUAUGAAGGAUGCUGCCAUUCGAGACACAUUAGCAGAGGAUAACAAUGUUCUGUGUUUUGAAAUGGAAGCAGCAGGAUUGAUGAAUCAUUUCCCAUGCUUGGUGAUUCGGGGUAUAUGUGACUAUGCAGAUACGCAUAAAAAUACGGAAUGGCAAGGGUACGCAGCAAUGACAGCGGCUGCAUAUGCCAAAGACCUUCUUUACCAAAUUCCUGCGAACCAAGUCAACGCGGAAAAAAGGAUGGCCGAAUACAUUACGGGUGGUUAGUUCUGACUGACUUCUGUCCGCAUGCGAACAGACUUCUGAUUAUUAGCGCAGACGUUCAGAUCGGCAUGGUCGGAAAUAGAGAAAUCAACUUGAGUCCGGAUCGAAAAACUGAUACCCUUGGUCAACAACCCAAAGAAACAGAGAAAUAUUCACUCAACGAGCAACAGAAACGUGAGUUGCUUGACUCGUUAUAUUUUGACCAAAUCGAUGCCCGCCACGUUAAUAUUAAGAAAGCCCAUGUCAAGACCUGCAAAUGGUUGCUAACACAGGGUGAAUAUCUUGAUUGGCUUGACCAGAAGAAAGUAAUGAAACAUAACGGCUUCUUAUGGAUCAAGGGAAAACCUGGAGCCGGGAAAUCGACCUUAAUGAAGUUCGCUUUGGAGAAAACGCGAAGGAAAUAUAAGGAAAAGAACAAUAUCUUUAUUGCCUUCUUCUUCAACGCACGCGGUGACAAUUUGGAAAAGUCUACCCU